UCUCUCUCUUUAUCUCUUUUAGUAUCCAUAUAUUCUAUCUAAAAGUUACCUAGAACCCAAUUGAAAACAAACACCAAAUGGGAAGAUCACCAUGUUGUGACAAAAAUGGACUCAAGAAAGGUCCAUGGACACAAGAAGAAGAUAUCAAACUCAUGGAAUAUAUUCAACUUCAUGGUCCGGGAAAUUGGCGAACACUCCCCAAGAACGCUGGACUUCAACGAUGUGGGAAAAGUUGUCGUCUUCGAUGGACGAACUACUUGAGGCCUGAUAUCAAGAGAGGAAGAUUUUCAUUUGAAGAAGAAGAAACCAUCAUCCAACUGCAUAGCGUUCUUGGAAAUAAGUGGUCAGCCAUCGCAGCUCGGUUGCCUGGAAGAACCGACAACGAAAUCAAGAACUACUGGAACACGCACAUUCGAAAAAGGCUUCUUAGAAACGGGAUUGAUCCAGUAACUCAUACUCCACGUCUUGAUCUCUUGGACAUCUCUUCUAUACUCAACUCAGCUCAGCUUAACCUUUCAAACCUUUUGAACCUACAAACACUAGUAAAUCCAGAAGUUUUAAAGCUUGCCACCCUACUAGCAUCAGCAUCAAACCAAGAAAACCUAGAUAUGCUUCUCAACAACCCCAUGAAUCAUAUGAACCAAACCCUAAAUAAUCAACAGCUUCCAAACUGUAGUUCCAUUGACACAACUCUUCCAAGCACUCAACUCUUGAAUCAAGAGAGUCAUAAUCAGUAUUUUUCACCCAACAUGGUUAACAUGAACAACCAAAUCAUUGAUCAAAGUUUGAUGCCACCAUGCAUACCUGAUAACCAUGUUGUCCUCCCAAGUGAAAGUGAUCAGUUUAGGGUACCUGUAUCAGAACAUAAUUACAACCCCACAAGCCAGAAUUUCAACUUUGAUUCGGUUAUAUCGACACCCAUGUCAAGUCCUACGCCAAUAAACUCAUCAUCAACAUUGGUAAACAGCAGUAGCACUGAUGAUGAUAGAGAAACUUACUGCAGUAUGUUUAAGUUUGAGAUUCCAGAGGGGUUUGAGUUUGAUGAUUUCAUGUAAUGUUACAAUAAUUUCAAUGUGAAUAGAACCGUUAGUUUGGUUGUGUUUUAGGAUGUACUCGAGCUGU